CUUUCCACCACUAUAUAAAACCUCACAACACAAGCAUCAAACUCACCAUCUUAGUUUACAAGCCAUUCUUAAACUACUAUAGCAGUAUCAAACUGUUAGUGUGUGACUCUUCUCUUAUUUGUAAUCUUUCUUGAAAGGAAAAUGAGCUGGUCUGGUGGAGAUUGGAUGUGUGGUGCUUGCGAGCACAUAAAUUUCAAGAAGAGGGAAGCAUGCCAAAGUUGUGGGUACCCUAAGUAUGGAGGCCCUGAUCCAACAACCUAUAGAUAUAGCAGGACUGAAACGUUGGCAGGGGACUGGUUUUGCACCGCUAUGAACUGUGGAGCUCACAACUAUGCAAGCCGAUCCAACUGCUAUAGAUGUGGUUCAUUUAAAGAUGAGUAUUCUUCUGGAUAUGGAGGUAAAAUGACUGGUUCUGGAGGAUAUGGAUCUGAUUGCAGUUCUCCGCCCGGAUGGAAAAGUGGAGACUGGAUUUGCCCAAGAACUGGUUGUGGAAUGCAUAAUUAUGCUAGCAGGACAGAAUGCUAUAAAUGCAAAAUGCCAAGGGCUUAUGGUAAUAAAAGUUUUGUCUUCUAACAUUUCAUCAUUUUCUUAAUACUGUCAAGAUGUUCCUUAGAAAAUAAUGACUAUCCUCGGUUCAAUCGUAUUUACUACUAUUGUUUGUUUCAGGUGGUGCUGACUGAAAGUAAACGAAUUUCAGAAGACUUGCAGUAUCACUUACAUCCCUCAACAUCUUUCUACUUCAAACGACAUCCUAUCUAGAUAAUCAUGGAUGAAUGACCUCUGUUAGAAUCAUAGCAAUGUUUUGUCACUAGGAAAGAUAUCCAGCAGUUAUUGUAUCUUGCUAAAUGUACUAACAAGAAGGUUAUGAAAUCCACGUAUAUUUUCCAUAUUCGUUAAUGAGAUGAUUGAGAUUUUGAAUUACGUUAAUGAUUGCCUAACUUUCCCUUGUUAGCUUAGCUUCCCAAAAUUCAAAUGUAAAUGCACAUGAAUACUUGCCUUUGGUUUAGACACAUGCGUGCGAACAAACAAAUACAAAGGCGGUGG